GCGUUUAGAGUGAACUGCUUUCGGCGUCGCAACUGUAUCACUGUAAUAAAAAUCCCCAAAUUGAUCUCCUCUCUCUCCAACAACAAAAUCCGAGCUCCCCAUUUUAAUUAUGAAUCCCUAGUUUCCCCCCCUCCCUCCCUUCCUCGCCCUCUCCAACAUUAUGGACCCUCGGCGAGCCCCAAGAACCGUAAGCGACCCGAAGGUCCGUAAAGUCGGGUUUUUUACUGACCCACCAGACCGUUAUCUACGGGGUCCACCCGACCACCCAAUCUCCUCCUUCCCCACUUCUCCUCCUUCUAUCGUCGACAACUCCCCUCCUUCGGCCGGAAACUCUCUCUCUCCUGUCAUGAUCCCUCCUCCUCGCCAUUCCUCCGCCACUCUCUCUCCUCUCCGCCGUGACUCCGCUGAAUUCUUCCCCCCUCCUGCUUCUCCCACCGCCUCCUCCUCUUUAUCCGAUGAUGUGGCGUCGGCGAUGAUGCGGAGGGGUGUCGCUGCUGCUUCGAGUAGCUUGCCGGGAGGGUUAGGGUUUGAUAUUGCGGCGGUUAAAUCAGCGGCGAGUAGUGUUCCCGCGAGUGGAUUGACUACGGUCUCCGUUGUUAACAAUUUGCCUAUUGGUGUUUCUGAGAAGGGUGGUGGGGUGGCGGUGGAAAUGCAAAAUGAUCAAUCUUCACGUUCGAAGUCAUUGAAAGAGAAGACUACAAAAGCAGAGAGGCGUGCACUUCAAGAAGCUCAACGAGCUGCGAAAGCCGCUGCCAAAGCUGAAGGUGGCAAGACACCUGCUGCUGCAUCUGGGGCUGCAGCUUCUGCAAAGUCAGCUAAAUCUGUGAAGCCGCCACCUUCACAGAAGAAUGAUAGUGCUACAGUUGCAGGUUCGGAGAAGAAGGGAGGUGAUAGGCCACCCGAAAAGGAUAGAAAGAAGGAAGUCCCUCAACCACGUAUGCAAUAUGAUGACAAGAGUCGGGUGGAAAAGGCUAAGAGGCGUGCUGUGGUAAAGCAAACAGAAGCUAGGAAUAGAGUUGAGUUGUUCAGGCAUUUGCCUCAAUAUGAUCGUCGAACUCAGCUUACUGAACUUGAGUCCAAAUUCUUUGAGCUUGACCCAAUGCACCCAGCUGUCUACAAGGUUGGAUUACAGUAUUUGUCAGGAGACAUAUGUGGUGGCAAUGCUCGCUGCAUUGCAAUGCUUCAAGCAUUCCAAGAGGCCAUUAAAGACUACUCAACACCCUCUGAAAAAACUCUUGCUCGAGACUUAACAGCAAAAAUAGGUAGUUACCUUUCUUUUCUUAUCGAGUGCCGCCCCCUUUCAAUCAGCAUGGGGAAUGCAAUCAGGUUUCUAAAGAAUCGAAUCGCCAAGUUACCUUUGACUUUGUCCGAAGCUGAAGUAAAAGCAACUCUUCAUUCAGACAUCGAUAGAUUCAUAAAUGAGAAGAUCAUACUUGCAGACAAGGUGAUAGUCAAGCAUGCUGUUACAAAGAUCAGUGAUGGUGAUGUUCUACUUACAUAUGGAUCGCCUUCUGCAGUUGAAAUGGUACUACUGCAUGCUCAUGAACUUGGCAAACAGUUCCGUGUUGUGGUAGUGGAUUCUCGUCCAAAGCUUGAAGGGCAACUUUUGCUUCAUAGGUUGGUUGGAAAGGGAAUCAACUGUACCUACACUCAUGUAAAUGCCAUUUCUUAUAUCAUGCAUGAAGUCACUCGAGUUUUUCUGGGUGCAUCGUCAGUCCUGUCCAAUGGAACAGUUUACUCAAGAGUUGGGACUGCUUGUGUUGCUAUGGUUGCUCAUGCAUUCCAUGUACCAGUAUUAGUUUGUUGUGAAGCAUAUAAAUUUCAUGAAAGGGUACAGCUUGACUCAUUAUGUUCUAAUGAGCUGGGUGAUCCAGAUGUGAUUUCAAAAGUUCGUGGAAGAGAGGAUAUCAAUCUCCUUGAUGGAUCGACUGAUAGUGAAAAUCUCCAGCUUCUGAAUUUGAUUUAUGAUGCAACACCUUCAGAUUACAUUUCAAUGAUAAUCACUGAUUAUGGCAUGGUUCCACCUACGAGUGUGCCUGUCAUAGUAAGAGAUUAUCAAAGAGAACACUUGUGGAUAUAGAUGCAUGCAGAUAUAUCAUCCAGGUUCCUCAAAAUUUUUGCCGAUAUCCACCUUCCCAGACAACGCAACUGGAGCAAUAAUGCUAGUAAAACUGCUAAUCAAUUGGUUUCUUUUCUUUCUCUUGGUCUCAAUUGCGGAAUGAUGCUGAGUUUUUGACAUUUUUGUUUCUUAUUUCCUGACUGUGUAGAGUGCAAUUCUUGCCUCUCCGGGCAGAUUUAGCCGUGCGUACUCAUCUAUGUUGUGAACUUGUGACAGAGAUGCAUCCCUUUUGGGAUGUCAAACAAAUAUUUUUCAGCAGAUGACAAUUUUGUUGCCAGAAGCUUA